GGCGCUAGAGGGCGCUGUGGCGGUGUUGUCAGUAUUUACACAUCGACAGCAAAGAUGGCGGAGUCCGAGGAGCCUAAAGCAGGUUCUUGCACUUUCCUCUUCAAAAAAUCAACCAAAAAAUUCUCCGGACGGAAGAGGAAAGCAAGCGACAGCGAUAAAGAUGGCAGCAGUGAGGAGGACCAAAACACCGUGGUCAGGAGAAAAAAGAAAGACUCUAAAGUCAAUCCCAUGAUCCAGAGGACCAAGAAAGUGGAGAGAGAGGCUGUAUCGUCCAGUGAGAGUGAAGAUGACAAAGAGGCCAAGAAAGUCACUGUGUCCUACAAGUCCACCCGGUCAGCAAAACCAGAGGGGCCGGAGGACAUGGGAGCGACUGCUGUGUACGCACUGGACACCGAGAGAGACAAGGACGCCCAGGCCAUCUUUGAGAGGAGCCAGAAAAUCCAGGAGGAGCUGACGGGUAAAGAGGACGACAGAAUCUACCGCGGCAUCAACAACUACCACAAGUUCAUCAAGCCAAAGGACACCACCAUGGGCAAUGCAUCCUCCGGCAUGGUCAGGAAAGGACCAAUCAGGGCCCCUGAACACCUGAGAGCCACAGUCAGGUGGGACUACCAGCCCGACAUCUGCAAAGACUACAAGGAGACAGGAUUCUGUGGUUUUGGAGACAGCUGCAAGUUCCUUCACGACCGAUCAGACUACAAGCACGGCUGGCAGAUCGAGAGGGAGCUGGACGAGGGUCGAUAUGGAGCCAACGAUGAGGAGAACUACGAGGUGAGCAGCGACGAGGAUGAUUUGCCCUUCAAGUGCUUCAUCUGCAGAGAUUCCUUCAAGAAUCCCAUCAUCACAAAGUGCAGGCACUAUUUUUGCGAGGCCUGUGCCCUUCAGCAUUACCGCAAGUCAAAGCGUUGCUAUGUGUGCAACAUGCAGACCAACGGCGUCUUCAACCCAGCUAAAGAGUUGAUAGCCAAGAUGGAGAAACACCAAACUACAUCAGACCAGCCACCCUCAGAUGAGGAUUAGCUUCAGCUGAACCUCUUCUCUACCCUUACCUUAUGUGUUUGUGUUGUCAAUAUAUUACAUUUGUUAGUGAAAAAAAAUUUGAAUAAAAGUUUUUCUAGAUAGCCA